AUGACUGUGUCACCUUGUGUGAAUGGUGUUUCAGCCAACGGGGAUCGGGUCCUGAUCAUAGGUGCAACCGGUUUUAUGGGUCAGUUCGUUGCCCAAGCUAGCCUUGACUCAGGCAAACCCACCUACGUUCUCUUGCGGUCAUUCCCUAGUUGUCUUCUAAAAGCCAAAGCCACCAAAGCUUUUGAGGAUCAAGGGGCCAUCAUUUUAUUCGGUGCUAUGGAAAACGAAGAAUUAAUGGAGAAGAUAUUGAAGGAUCACGAGAUAGAUAUAGUAAUAUCAGCAUCUGUGCCAGCAUAUUAGACCAACUUUACCUUGUCCGUGCCAUUAAAUCAGUCGGAACAAUUAAGGUAUGCAGCAGAACAAAAAAUGCUCCGGGAGAAUGAAAAUUAAGCAGAAUGAAAAGUAGGAGGGACACACGUUUUAUCUUUGAAGGAUGAAAAGUAAAAAUGAUACAAUUUCCUU